AUGAAUAACUCCUAUGACACCUACAACUACUCCAGUAGCAUCUUUAACAGUCCUGGGAAGACAUCCAUGCUGAGCACAUCUUCACAAAAUUUAAGCGGCAGUUACGGCUACAACAAUGUGAGUCCACAAAAUGAAAUGAUAACUAUCAUCCUAGAGCAGUGUGUGCAGGAGUGGUUCCCUUUUUUAAGAGAACAUGAAGAUGGGGGAACAAAAGCGGAGAGAAAUAAACGAACCAACUUAAAUGAUGAAAUAAAGAGGCUAAAAAAUUUCUACAAGGGGGUCAACUCCCCCAAUUUCCCACUGAAGAAACUGGGCAAAAUGGACAGGAGUAUUUCUAGCUUGAAUGAUGAAAAUGACGAUGAGGACAUUUUCUACAAUAGCAAUAGUUUGUAUAUGAAUUUGCUCAGUGGAGGAGAGGAGGGAGAACCUCCUUGUGAGGAAGGACAAGCCAAGCAUCAGGAGGGGAACUCUCCGGAUGAACAAGGUGAUGUCCUCUUUAACCAAGCGUACACCAGAGUAAAAGCGAAAACUCAGGAAGAGAACCAACACGCACUCCUCGGAAGAAAUGCCCUAGAGGAGAAUCUCUUCUAUGACUGCAUAGCGGAAAAGGAGGGCGCGGACAAGUGCCGUGCUCAGGACCAGCAGGGGGAUGGGGAAGCCCCCGUGUGGUCACUGCAAAAGAUAAGGAACCAAAACGAAGAUGAAAAGAAAAACUUUUAUCUACAACAAUGUAGGGAUCAAAUGAACGAGAACAAAGAGCACAAGAUGAAGCAGCCCCUCUUGUUAUUGCAAAGGGAGGAAGAUGGAAAAAGGGAAGAGGACAACGAUAGCGACGACGACCACCAAAAUAAGCAGGAGGAGGAAGAAGAAAAAUACAAAUUGCAUGACAGGGUGAGCGCACUCAUCGGGGGUAGAAACAAUCGCAGUGAUUAUGACAGUCGCGAUACAAGCGCCUUUAACACUUCGAAGAGCAGAAAAGGUGGUGAGGAAGAGGAAGGAGAAGAGGAACAGUAUCCCCUGCGCAAGAGCGACAUGAGAGACUGCAGUGUGCAACCUCUAAGCAGCAAAGAGGAAGACAUAACCCACGAUGUCUAUGUACCAAAUAGAAGGAAGGGAAAAAUAUCAAGCGUAUCCAAAUUGGCUGAUUCACAAAAAGGGGAUAACUUUACGAACAGGGAGUCUGUUCCCCGCGAGGACUACUCCAGUAAGAGCAUAAACUACAUCAUUCAGGAGAUAAAAAAAGAGGAAUCGAAGGAGAAAAACUUCACCAUGGAUUCAUAUGGAACGGUGUACCUUUCCAUAUGCAGGAAGGUUUUAGAAAAAGACGUAGAUUAUUUCUUAACCCCAAGAAUAUUACCCAAUGAGGAACUAUUAAAUGAAAAAAAAAAAAUUAAAGAGAUUUUAAAACUGUAUGAUAAGUUAUUUUAUAGCCAUUUUAAAUUUAUCCCAAACAAGAUUUACAAGGAAACGUUGAGACCUAUAUAUUCGUAUUACCAGAACUUGAAAUGUACCCUCGUAGGGGGGGGAGUGUCCGUUGGUUCGUUCGAUGGAAAGUCUAGAAAAAGCUGCUCGCUAAGCAGGGACUACGAAAUUGAAAGAAGCACCAAUUACAACUCGAAUGACGAGAUUAAAAGCUUCGAGAGUAGGCCCGCCGACAGUUCGGAGUACAAAAACUUGGGAAGCUCCUCCAACGCGGAGUGCAAAAGCUUGGGAAGCUCCACCAACACGGAGUACAAAAACUUGGGGAGCUUCUCGAACUUAAUAAACGACCAGAACAUUAAGAAGAUUUUGCUCGACGUGGAUGACAGCAAAGACAUAAGUCACUUGGAAAAAAAGUACAAAUAUAUUUACAAGGAUCUGUUGAAGCUAAAAAGUCUGCUGCUAAAAAAAAGGCAUUAUAAAAACAUACUCUUCGAAUAUCAGAAAAAAUUCGUUCAAAAUAACAACAGGUGUGUCAAAACGUAUAGAGAUAUAUAUCCCGUGGAGAAGGAAUAUAAAAUAUACACCCAAAUUAAGAAGGAAACGGGGGAUGUCAUUAAAAGCAUUAACGCCAAUUAUAAGAAGCAUUACUUGAACGGCUGA